AUGAUCACAGGCGGAACACAUGAGAACAAAUUGUGUCAAGUUUCUCACCGCUGUCAUUUGACGAACUUUCAUUGUCCACUGUAUCGGAUUUGUGUUUCUCCAAGUGGUCUCGAGGCAAUUUUUUUAAUUAAUUGCACUGUCGAAAAAGGCAUGGCGGAUACGACAGUGGACGCUACACGUCGUCUAAAUGUCAAAAAACAAACGCUAGACGACGCUUAUGCCGCGCCAGCAAAUUUUCUCGAAAUUGACGUGAUUAAUCCAAUCACGCACGGCGUCGGCAAGAAACGAUACACCGAUUACGAAGUUCGCAUGAGGACAAAUUUACCUGUUUUUAAAGUGAAAGAUUCCACAGUGAGGAGAAGAUAUAGUGAUUUUGAAUGGUUGAGGACUGAAUUAGAAAGAGAUAGCAAGAUAGUAGUGCCUCCAUUGCCAGGAAAGGCUUGGAAACGUCAAAUGCCUUUUCGAGGAGAUGAUGGUAUUUUUGAAGAAGAUUUUAUUGAAGAUCGGAGGAAAGGUCUAGAAGCGUUUGUUAAUAAAAUAGCAGGACAUCCAUUAGCACAGAAUGAAAGAUGUUUACAUAUGUUUCUGCAAGAACCUGUAAUAGACAAGAACUACGUACCUGGAAAAAUACGUAAUACAUAAGUUAUAAUAAGA